GAUUUUAAUUUUUAAUUGAAUAGAUUAUUGAGUUGGGAUGGAUGAUUUAUAGCUGAACUUUUCUCUGUCAUGGCAUGGCAGGUUCUUAACGCUGUGAUGCAUGGAGAUUCUCUGCUUUUCACUGAGCAUCAAGAAUUAUUGGAUGCAUUUGUUCGAGUUUAUUUUCAUUCCAGUUUGAAGAAAUACAACUGCGUGGAAUGUUGGGGCCCACUUAAGGAUGCUGCACAGAGCAAGCUCUCAUUUAUCAAGGUAGAUAUGGAGGAGAUUAUGGUGGAAUGUCUAAUGAAUUUCAGAGGUGCGAACAAUUUGAUUCCCAUGGAAAUUGCACUUAAAAUUGCUGAGAAAAUCAGAGCACGUGAGAGGUUUGCAGGUUAUAUUGUUAUUCCGAUGUGGCCAGAAGGCAAUCCAACAGGUGCUGCUACAUAAAGGAUUUUAUUUUGGCAGGUAGGAAUCAAUUAUGACUUCAACGCAUAGCAUUGUACUUCUGCAUUUUAAAGGCAGCUUCAGAGAUGGAUAACUUUGUUGCUUUUUUUUUCAUUGGAUUAAUUUAUUUCCAAUGGAAAAUCAAAAAAUUCUAUUAAUCUGCCCAUCAGUGUAUAUACUUCAGAAGGAUCAAUUUUUGAUUUUGAAAUUAUCUCUCAUUUAUUGUACAGAACAAAACAAUGCAAAUGAUGUAUGAGACCAUUUACAAGGCUUUAGUAGAGGUUGGGCUUUAGAAUGAAUA